GUGGAUUCAAAGUUUCUGGAAGGAAUGCUUCAUUUUUUUUUUAAAUUUCUAGAGUUUUCUUUAUUGAGCACAAAGUUUCUAUCCACUGCUUCCUUAAUGUCUGAUGGACAGGUAGAUGGAGUGGAAUUUUUGCAACUGGUUUCUUGCACAUUGAUGUCAAGUCAUUAUUUCAAACUAAUGAGCCUUUUAAAUUAAAUAUUUGAAAAGUGAAUUUUGCCUUGCAAAAUUAAACUUCUCUUAUACAAAGUGACUUUAUUAGGUAUGAAAAAUUUCAUUAACUCUUUUGUGAGAGUGAUUAAAAAUAAUCAUUUUUUUUAUGAAGCUUACACAUUUUCCAACUUCUUCCUAAUGACAAAGGCAGUCUUGAUGCUUGUGUGGUUUGAAGCUUGUCGGCAAAUUCUGUGUGGUUUGUGUGCAUGGUCAUGGCUAAUCCAGUGGUAUUUUAGAACGCUUAAAGAAGUUGGUAGUCUUCUUUGGAUUCAGUUUGGCAUGUGUGUGCUCAUGUACUGUUGCUAACUCCUACUCUCACCUGAAUUAGAUGAAAUUGCCAUUUGUGUAGGUUAAAAAUCAGUUUCAUAUGAUACCUAAGUAUUUUUGGAUGGUUGAACUUAGAUACGUUCAACAAUUGAGGAUACAUUAAACUUUUUUUCUUCCAGAUUAACUCUCAUUUCUCUAGUACCACAACCUUAUCAUUCAUUCCGUUGUUUGCCAUUAAGAAACAGAUAGAUGUACAUUGGUAAGAAAAUGGGGGUUUGUGAGCGGGAAGAAACUAGUUCAGUUUUGUUCCUUUUCCUGGUAAGCGCUUUUAGUUGCGUUUUGCUGUUUAGCAUCGCAGUUGGCAAGAGGGAUCCUCUCUGUGAGCUUCAUGGGUGGUGUUUCCUGGGAGCACUCUCCCUCCUCUGGAAUUAAAAGGAGAGGUGUCAACAAUCCCCAGGCUCAAGGCACCAGAAUUACCCAGUUCUCAUUGAUAAAAGACUGUGUAUCCUUGAGGAAUGUUGUCAUCUCUUCUCUAUAGGUCUGUUAAGUGUCAUUCUCACGUGAAGCUGCAGUUAGAACUGAAGUGUUGCUGUGCCAGUCUAGAAAGUUUCCAGAAUGACAAAUGUUGUCACUUCCUUUCUGCCAAGCUUGUUUGUAAGUGAGAGUAGCCGUUUGAUGAAAAUGAAAGAAGUGAUUCUUUUUAAAGUUUGGGUCCAAUUUUAAGGACAUUUUGGAUCCGAGUGUUAGAUUCUGUGUGGGGAAUUUAUUCAGGCCUUAGAUCACUUUAUUGCUUUUUAGUACCCACCUUCCAGGAUAAGAGAAAAGGAAGGAAGUGAAAUUUAGAUGACUCACUGAAACAAAUGAUCAUUGAUGGUGUUUGUAAAAGAUACGUAGAGGAAACAAGCAAUAACAGGAUAUUCGGAAUAGCAGCUGGCAUUCCACCGUCAUGAGAGGAAAUGGAGACUAGACUGAGUCUUGGGGCAGAAUCUGUGACUGUUUCCUUUUACAGCCUGGUGAAAGCGGAGAUGGCCAGCUUACUCUAACUGCGUCUGAAAAGGAGCUCCAAGCCCUCUUUGCUUCUGUUGCUGUGGUGGUUCUCAGAUACGUGCUAUUUGCUGUUUAAUGAGAGGGUGACCUCAGUGAUCAAAAAUGGGGAGAAAAGUAAGCAGAAUCCGUCUUGCUUCUGAACCCAGUAUAAUUCACUUUCUGCAGAUUUCUUGGGAGAAAACAGUGGGAUCUGGAUUUGUUAUCCUACUUACUGAUGGUCAGUCGGCAUGGACUGGGACAGUUUCUGAAACAGAGAUUACCCAGGAAGCUGAUGACAUGGCCAUGGAAAAAGAAAAGUAUGUCGAUGAACUGAAGAGAGCCCUGGUGUCUGAAGCAGGGCCAGCCGAUGCAUACAAGUUUAAUUUUUCUCAAGAGUCCUGUCAUUUCUCCUUUGAGAAAAAGCUGAAAGAUGUCUCAUUCAGACUUGGUUCCUUCAAACUGGAGAAAGUUGCAAGCCCAGCUGAGAUCAUUAGAGAGCUUAUUUGUUACUGCCUGGACGCCAUUGCUGAGACUCAAGCCAAACAUGAGCACCUGCAGAAAGAAAAUGCAAGGCUUCUGAGGGACUGGAACGAUAUUCAAGGACGAUUUGAAAAAUGCGUGAGUGCCAAGGAAGCUUUGGAGGCUGAUCUGUACAGACGGUUUAUUCUGGUGUUGAAUGAGAAGAAAGCAAAGAUCAGAAGCUUGCAUAAAUUGUUAAGUGAAAUUCAAGAACUAGAAAAGAACACCGAACACGUAAGGGAGACCACAGCCUGCUCUGAGCCGACUGCUGACCGAGAUGCAGUCUAUGAUGCGAGCACUGAUGAGGAAGGAGAGAACCUGGCUGGGCCCUCUGUGGCGGCUGCAGGUAAGGAUGAUUCCAUUAUUUCCAGUCCUGAUGUCACUGAUAUUGCACCAAGUAGAAAGCGGAGGCAGCGAAUGCAGAAAAAUCUUGGGACAGAACCUAAGAUGGCCCCUCAGGAGCAGCAUCUUCAAGAAAAGGAAAAUGUCAAAUUGCAGAGAGCAAACAGAGAUACAGGACAUGGAGCAGUCAUGAUUAGUGCUGUGUAUGUUGUCUGUCAUCUAAAUCUCAUGCAGACUCUGCAGGGUAGGUAUUAGUUUCUCCUUCUUAGUGGUUAAGCGACCAAGACUCAGCGAGAUACAGUCAUUUGCCUUGAGCAGCACCGCCAGUGUUUCAUUUCAGUCUGUUCUUGGUCCACUCCCUCAACAAGAUACGUGAUCUUUACAGAGCCAGAGACAUACGCAAAUAAUUCUGUGACUUCAAGGACAGUGAGGGAUGUAUACUAGCAGUAGGGUUCUGAGUUGGAAUUACUGGAAUUAGGUUUCAGAUUUUAGAGUAUGUUCUCAUUAGUGGUCAUUGAUGAGGGCAUUUAACAUGAAUCUGAGAGAACCGCUUGUGAUCUUUGCCAGUGAGGUACACAGGGAACUCAUUGUUAGGAUUACAAAUCCUUCUUCAGUAGCCUGUCAGUAUCAGAAAUUCACAAUGUGUUACUUGUAUAUCACAUUUAAUUUGUGUUCAUGGUUAAGCAGUAUAAUAAAAUUUUCUUUCCGAAAGGAAACCAGUUAACCUAAUUCCUCCUGAGAUAAUGAAGUGGAUUGAAAAGCAGCAGUGGUAAUUAUUAGCAUUUGAUAAAACAACUGUUAUUUUUCAACUGAGACCAGUAAUCAAUUUGGUAGUCAACUUUCAAACUAUCAAAGUGAACUAUGUGUAUCAAAUAUAAAAGAAAAUGUGUGGUAAAGCUGUUGUACCAAUACAAAUUCUAUAUAAUAAAACAUACAUAAUAUAUGAGAAAAUAAGAAUCAAAACUACUGUGGAAAUAUUUAACCCUAUUCUAUAAAAUGCUGGUAAAGUAUACUUAGAUCAAGGGUGAAGAAGGAAGGUCAAACUCUACAUUAGCAUAUUUCUUUUUGAUAAAUAUGCCUAAAUUUCUGGAAUUGCAUUUAAACAAGAAUGAAAUGACAUAAUGAUGAUGAUCCAGGACUGUCCAAUUUCUUCAGUCUGACACUUUUUUAGCUCUUCCAUACAUGCUUCUGUGUUAGAAGGACAACAGAUUUGCCCUCAAAACAGAUGUUACAUCUCAGGCAAAGCAAAGGUGACCUCCCCAAGUGCCCAGGCUAUAAAGCCUUAGCAUAGAGAGUAGACAGUAACAUGAUUAGUGAGCAACUGAACAUCAUUCACACAGGAAAAUCUAGCACAUUCUUCAAGUUCUGUAAACGAAAGUAAAAACUUUAAUGCGGAUGGUUUCUCAGAUUGUCAUACAUACGUAUGUCCUGUAGCAACCUGCUUAUAAAGUAAAAUCUCAAAUAAUAAAAUGGGAAAAUAGUAACAGAAAUUAGUAAGGUAACUUGCAUUUGUACUAAAUAACAUUUUAAUUGAUUAUUGUAAUAUGCUUUGGACAGUCUGAAUUAAUAUGCCUCUUCUAAUGUCUUAAAAAUAUGUUAUAACACAAGGUAAAUGUAAUUUUCUCAAUUUCCAAGUUUAGUCUAAAAAAUAGUGAUGCAGUGUUAAGUUGAAACAGUUUAGUACUGAAAUACUAAGCCUAUUCUGUUAAAUGAUGUCCAAAACUGUACUGUGCACAGUUUAAGCUGCUUAUCUAAGGUCACUCCACUAGUGAGUGAUUGUAAUUACACAGUAGAUUAAUUAAUGACAUACCCCUUACUGUUCAUAAAAGAUGAUAUGAAAGAGACUGCCUUUACAUGGAGGAAUUAUUUGGACUCAUGAAAUUUAGCCAUAGACCAGCUUAGUCAUUACUGAGUUAUUAUUAUCCUUUCUCAAUGUAACUGUUGAUUCAGCAUUACCUAGUCUCUGCUGCUUAUGAAACUUUUUGACCCCAUGGUGUUCUUCUUCAGUUUACUAUAGAUGAGAAAGUAUCACCUGCCUAUAAAACACACCAAAAAUACAUAAAAUAUUUGAUAGCUCCUUACGUACAUAUUCUAAGGAUAUCCAAUAGAAGUAAACCUUAAAUGACCAUGAUCAAAAUUCUACAUACUUCAAGGUUAUGCAUGAACAAAGAUAUUUUACCAGAUUCUUAGUCAUGUUAAACUAAAAAAGUUGACAGAUAAUGAGUUUAUUAUGCAGUUUUUAUCUCUUAGUAAUGAAGAAAUGAUCACACAAAUAGUUUCAAUUUUGUGGAUGACAUUACCACAACAUAUUAACCAUUAUAUUGUUAAAUUCAUCUGGGAAGCCUAACUUCAUUGGUUGUUUUCAAUUCUAAGUCUAUGCAAAAUUCAAACAUUUCCGUCUGUUCCUUACAAUGUAAUUUCUCCUCCCAGCACAGUUUUAUCCAGUGUAGGAGUACCGUAUGAUUUUACAGGACUCAGGAAACACCAAAAACGCUGUUUGUUGAAACAAGAGUUCUGACUAUUGCUGAGUAAAUGAGAUAUGGUUCCUGAUCUCAGAUUGCUUAGUGUGUGAGAGAAGACACGUGUUAAUCAUCAUUGCCUAAAUACGUAACUGUACACUUCCGAAGGAUUCAGGAGUUAGGGAGACAGCAAAAAAGGAUGUGGCUUGGCUUGAGAAUCAUCCUGUGAGCUGUGAUGGUGAAGUGAGAUAGUGGACGGGGCAGAGCAGAGUGCUCAGGUGAGGACACAACGGGUGAGUGCCUGCUCAAGUAGAACACGUGUGGGAUGAAGUGAGGGAGCAGGGAAGAGGGUGUGAGGUGGGCUGCAGGAGGCCAGAGCAGGCAGGUGCAGAGCCGCGGUAGGCAGUCAGCCUUUCCUAGGGUCUCGUGCAACAAGACUUUUCUCCUGUUUGCCCUGUCUUCAGCACUGCCUUUCAGUUCUUGUUAAGAGUUAUCAUGUUCUCACACUGACCAGUGUGGGGAGCAACUCGGACUAGACUGUUACUCGAAUUAAGACUUAUUCUAUGCAUCUGCACUCCCACAAUAUGGCGCUGGGAGAGGAGGAAACAGCUUCUACACAGCUGCCUCCAGUUCAACCAAUAAACAGCAGGACCUGCUCCUGAUUGGAGGAGAGCAGCGUGCUCGGCGUGUGGGUAGCAGAGUUGGGAUUGGUGGAAGAGGACUAUAAAGGAGGAGAGAGACAACAUGCACCAGGAACACCUGAGGAACAUCUGAGCAGCCCCCCAGAGAGCCGGCCGGCGGUGUGCCGCUCCCCGGCGGAAGUGGGGAAAGUGGCAGGGGGAACCGCCCUUCCACGGAGGUGGAAGGGUCGGUAGCCAACCCGGGAAGAACCAGCAGCAAACCCGGGGAGGGCUGAGCAGACAAAAGAACAGCGCAGGGUCCUGUGUCGUUCCUCCACGAAGAAGGGGAGCGACAGACCAGAAAACUCAAACAUAUGGGGGCAACAGUGCAUCUUCUUAGAUCUAGUGACCUAAAUUUAUCUAAAAAUAUCAUACUUUCCUUUUAAAGUUCUUUUUCAAACGGAUUAAAGUUGUACAAUUUUGAAUUUCCAGUAAUAAAGGUUUCAUUCUUUUGAAACACAGGAAGCAAGAAAUGGGCACGUGUUGGCAGUCCUGAGGUGCGCUUGAACUGCCAUUUUGCCCAUUUUUGGUAAAUAUAAAUCUUUCGUUAAGGAAACAUUUUAGAUUGUUAAUGAUUUCCUGCUUUUAGUAAGACUGAACUUGUUGGAUCUGGUACAUAUUGAUAAAUGCUGGGAAAGUCAUGUGACUAAUACACAGAGUAUGAUGACAGUCCCGUUCUGUCAGCGCUGAGAGUUGACACCCACAUGACCGUGUGCUGUGCUUCCCUUGCUCCUGUGUUGUGCCGGCUGAAACUGGGGUUUAUAGAGUCCUUUGGCAUGUCUUUUUACUUCUGUAUGUUAAACAAAAUGAGCCAGCUGACAAAGACUACAGAAGUUGUGAAAUUUCUUGUGUAUUUAUAGACUUUAGUUAUAUUUCCAGGUGAAAUCCUGAAUGUGAACAAGAAUAUGGUUGAAUUUUCUUUCUAUAAACCUGUAAGGGCAUAAUGUGUAUCUGAACAAAAUGGCCCUCUCUUUGGGCAUUAUUGGAUGUCGAGCUCACAAUCGUAAUGAAAGCAUGUUGUAUCAUGCAACAUAAUAGCCAAUUAAAGAGUUUUUCAUUUAAAUCUUCUUUAAGAGCUCUCAUUAUUUCUCUCAAUGUUCUACACAAACCUAAUACAAAUAUCUCCAGCUCUAUUCGUAUCAGUGAAUUAAAGCUUGUUAGUUGCAUCCUGUUGGUAUGAUCUGAGGUCAGUUGAGGCCCCAUAAACUAGUCUGAUUAUUCUAACAAAUUGAUUACUUUAUAUAAAUGUAGUCAAUUUCCCAGUCUUAUUGAAAUUAGCAGCCAGGUGAUAAAAUCAACCAAAUAACAAAGUGAUUAUAUUAAAUGGUUUGAUUAAUGUUUGAUAAUUGGCAUCUCUUUAACUGUUUCACUGUAUUUCUACCUGGAUUCCUUGUUUUCUUCUUCUAGGUGAUCUGUUUCUUAUUUCCAUAUGCUCGCUCUAUCUAUCAGAAGAAAACCAAUUUCAAGAUAUACUGAGUUUAGCUAUGAAACAGGGCUUAGCUAACGCCUCAUAGAGACAUAACAAUGAGAACCCCUUGUCCCAAUCAGAGCUGCAGAUCCCACAUGACCAAAGGAAACCAAACCAAAGUCACAACACAGCCAGCAUUACUCACAUGCCUAACAAGGGAAAUUAGACUCAGAGAUACACCAUACACACUCCAUUCCCGAACAGGAGCAUAACAUCUCCUGUGGCUGAGAGAAGAGCUAAACAGACUGAUAGGAACAAGUACUCCUAGCUUUCAGAUUUGGGUUAAGUGGAGGAAAGAAAUGCCACAGUAAGUAAUUCCUUUGACACCAUUUAAUGUUUCAAAUGUUCAUAAGUUUAGCACCCUUAUACAGUCGGACUUGGGAACUAUAGUAGGGUAUUAUUUUAGAAUAUGGAACCUCAAAAUUCUUGGAUAUCAAAGGUUUUUAAAAUAAAAGAACAUUUCAACCAUAAUUGUAGGAUUUUAGGCAUUAAAAAGAAGUACAAGAGAAAAAAAAAACUUGUUUUGUAAACAGGAUGGCGUAAGAAAAAUUUUUUUGAUGUGUCUAAGCACCUGCCUCUUCCUCUCCCCGUCCUGUGCUCAGGAAACCUGCUUAUCCCUGAUGGCCCUGCCAGGGGAAUGGGGUCCUUUCCUAAGAGAUUCGGGUGAUUGGAGUAUGUUAGGACACCUCUAAGAGGAGGUCCACAUCAACCAUUAAAGUAGUUUGGGCCAAAAGUACAAAGAAAUACUUGUAUGGUGUUCGAUGUUUUUAUGUACUCUUCGGCUUCUGCAGUCUAACAAGCAAAAAUAUAUAGGUUCGCAGACAUGAUUUAGUCCACAGACAUGAUUUAGUCUUGCACGUGAUGGAUGUCUUCUGAAAACACGAAGUUCGAGUACAUUGUUAAAACGACCUGAAAAAUAUUAUGAAAUCAUAACGUUUCACAGAUGUUGCUCCUUGAACUGCAGUAAAGGAGUUUUAGCUGUGUGCUCUAAAUCAGCCUUUCAGUGGUCCCAUUAAGAAACUGUGUAGCUGCAGUGUCUCAGAGGGGUAGUGAACUGGCCAAACACUUCUCACGCACACCGUGGGGUGAGUGUGUGAUUUAAUUUGCCAAGGUUACACAAUCUUGUCAGAGAACUGACGGCUACGGGGAGCAGGAAAGGGUGCGGUAUAGGUCAGCCUAUAGCCCAGCUGACACUGAUAAGCCUUUGCCUGUGGUAUGGUCUUCCUGGAGCCAGAGAAACUCAGUUCUUGCCUUUUUAUACUAGUCGCUCACAGCAUCAUCCUUGAAGAAACUGCACGAACCCUGCACUUUGUUUAGAGGAGUAAUUACAAACAUCAGGCUCCUCUGACCGCCUAACCACAGCUACUACUUCGUCUUUCAAAGCUGUGCAGGGUUCCAAAGAGCUUACGUCCCCCCACUAACCCGGCUGCAAUUCAAUAGAAUUGGAGCAUCAUGUGUCUUUGUACAUAAAUUUGCACAUACAAGUAAUUGAUUUUUCUCCUUAGAAUCAAUUCCCAAAAAUGGAAUUACUAGGUUAGAGGACAUGUAUCCUCGUCAGUACUUUGUUGUUUUGCAAGAAUUCAUCCAGAAAGGAUUUAACAAUUUGUACUCCCUCAUUCAGUGUUUGCCUUUUGUUCUUUUGUUUUCCAAUUCAUUUUGGUCAUUGACAGAUCCUUUCAAUCAAUGAAUAGUAGCCCAUUUAAAUUUUUGUAAUUAAUCAUUAGAGAAUCCAUAUUGUUCAGCUAUUUAUUGAUAUUGGGACUUCAUCUUUUAUUAUAUAUUCAAAACUUUAACUGAUUUUCAUUGGCUAUCUUUGUCUCCUAUUACUUUAUAGAAGCAGCUUGUAUCUUAAAUAUUAGUUUAUGUUUCUCUGCUGGUCACUUGUGUUUUCGCUUUGUAAAUGACAUUUGGUAUUCACCUAAGUUAUGCGUAAAAUCUAUUCCCUAGUAAUAAUGAUCAUAUUUAAUGUUCAUUGCGUAUUGAUUAUGCCCUAAACAUUGUGCUAAGCCCUUUACAUGCAUUAUCUCAAUUAACUGCACCCAUCACUUUGAUUAGAAAGCUGAUUCCUUGAGGGGUUAGAUAACUUGCUCAGAGACAGGCACUACAUCUGUGGUCUUCGAUCUAGGAGGACCAUACUUUAUAGCCACUCAAUUAUAUAACUAGAAUUUAUUUGAUUACUGUGUGCCAGGUUCUGAGGUAAGCACUUCUAUCUCAUCACAUUAAUUCAUUUAGUCUCAGCACAAUUCUUAUGAAUUCUUCUAUUUGUAUCUGUACCUGUAAAUAGCUGACUAAACUUGAGUUUCAGCAAGGUUAACUGCUUGCUCAAAAUUGCUGCAACACAGCCUUUGAGAUGGAACCAUAAGCUCUGUGACUGCAGGCUUAUGAUGGGCUUAAUACCUUGUCCCGCCUUCCUUUCAAGAUGGAAGAGAGUAGGCCUAGAUCCUGUGUGCAAGCUCUAGCUAAGGAGGAUGCUCUAGGAAGAUGAUACUCUGUGGUUUGUAAAGCACUGUGUUAACCCCAGGCUUUUAGCUAAAUAUUGGAAAAAGUUUCCUGGGAAUGAAAUGCUUUUAGAAAAUUUGAACGUGAAAAGCUUUCUUUUCUUGCAGUUUUUAUGGAAAAGAAGGUUAUUCAUACCCUUUUUUGUGCUAACUCAGCAAAUGGUUUUCUUGCAUUUAGCAAUCAAUGUAGUCUGAUGUUGGAUGAAAAUAGUAUAUUUGGAGGGAUGAUGUUGGAGGUUUGAUGUUGGAGGACUUUAUUUUAAAACAAUUGAUUUGCAAAGUAUGCAUUAGACAUAUAUAUGAACAGAGAGAGAGAGAUUUCAAAAGUGCUAAUUGGCCAUCCUAUUUUUUUUUUUCAAAAAGAACCUCUUUUCAUGUUUAUACCUUGAUUCUUAAAAAUUUGCUAACAAUUCAUUGCUUUCUUCUGGUUUAAAUUUCAAAAAUAUUUGGAAAGCAGCUGCAUGUGUGUUUAAUGGAGAAUAUGACCAUGAGAUUCAGGUAUCUGAUUCUUGUUGAAUUUUUGGUACCUGAACUUUAAACUUCUUUAAUGUCAAAUUAUGGACUUAAAAUGAAUGUUCAAUUGGUAUAUAUUUACUUUAGUCAUCAUGAGCAAACCUCAUUUUCUACACAACUUUAAUUUUAUGAUAAUGUUUAUGUUAGUUGCAAAAGUAAACACAGGGGUGGUUUUACAACGAGAUAGGUUUUUAUUAGCUUCCCUCCGUGUUUGCCUAACUGCUCAAGCUGCAGCUCUCACUCCUUGCCGCGGGUUUUGAUUAAUGGGCCCUUGGACUCCUUCCAGAGUACACUGAUUACGGUCAGGGCACUUCCAAGAUGAUUUAUUAAUUGUGUUUGCAACUAAAAAUAAUUAAGGAAAGAUUGAUCAUAUUAUUAUUACAGGUUUGCCAAUAAAACCAGAAGUAGCAUUCUAAGAUAAAGUUUUUCUAAGCAGGUAUUUUUUAAAUGUACAAAAUGAACAAUAUAUUAAUAUUUUUAAAUAUUAAUUUUUAGCCAUAGUUUAUGGCCUUUUAAAACAUGAGUAUUAAAUGUAUCAGAGGCUUAGCCUUGAAAGUGCACCUAUUUUAAGCUGAUUUUAACAUAGUUUCAGGAUAAUAUGUUUCAGUAGAACUUACAUAGGUAUUUGAAAAGUACUUCCAUGUUUAUAAUUCACCCUGAAACAACCAUUGCUACAAUUCCCCCAGGCUAUGACGUAUAUUUAAAUUUCAAAUUACUGACAGACUCAAAUUUCAUUUUUUUUUUUAAUUUAAUAGGAGUCUGUUGUAAUCUUUCUGAGUUUUAUGUGAAGGAAAUUUAUCAUGUAUCAUAUAUACUAUGCCCCUAGCAUUUGAAAGAUUUUGGUACAUAAAACUUCUCCAAAUUUAACUUGAUAAUAAUUAUUUUAUCAGACAUUUUUAGGGUUUAUUUUAAGCAUUCUAUGCACAGAGAAUAAUGUGUAAAUGCUUAUUAUACCUGAUGAGCUGGGUUAUGAAUCGAAAGAAAUGACUCCCUGCUCAUAAUUCAUAUCAUUCAAUAGUGAAGGAAAAACGAGCACUUUUCUAUUAUUUGCCUUACGGUAUUCAAAAUUUACAUUGUAAUGGCAAACGUCAGUAUCGUCUACCAUGGUAUAUAUCUCAAUGUAAAAUAGGUGUUUGAUUUGUAUUAAAACAUGCUGAAAUAAAGUGUCUGUCAGAGCAGAACUGAAGGGCUUUUUCACGAUGUCUGAAAUAGAAGCUAGUUAUGUCCCUAGUAAGGACGCAUGAUCCUCCAGAGUGAAUGAGAUGUGAGCAAACAGAAUAAAGACAUUAGGCAUAAGAAUAAAAAACAGUAAACCUAAGAAAUUGAAAAUACACAUCAAUCAGUUAUUGUUCAAGAAUUGUGUGGUCAUUGGUAAAUCAUUACUAAAGAACAAGGAGUACCAAUACUUGUGUAAGCAUCAUUAUUUAUUUUCAGUAAAUUUUAACAUAUAUAUUUUCUUUAAAUAUAAAGCUUUUACAGUGAUCUUAUUUUUAAACAAUUGCUAAAAAUUAUAAUUUCUCUAAGCCAGAAUUUUAUGUGUUGCUUCAAAAUAUACUAUAUGUAAAAUAAACAUUGAACAAAGUAAUUCUGUCAUUACCAGUCACUGCUUACUACUGCAAAUACCAUUUCUAGAAAUACACCAGUAAGAGAUAGUCCCAGGCUGUGUCUUCAGCAAUCAUUGUUUAUAAAAUAAACCAAUAAAGGGAGUUUAAUCCAUAAUACACAUGCAUAUCUUUUGUUUUGUGGCCACAUGGUAUUUUCUGACAAACUGUAUGUAAUAAGUCUACAACUUGGCUGUAGCAAUGUCUGCAGUGUGCCAAGUCCCACAAUAGCAUAAGAACUAUGUAGUUUUAGAGGAGACAAAGUUGAUUUUGCAUAUGCAAGACCAUCAAAUAAGGAGCUGUUAUAAUAUACGACUGGCCAGGAAGAGGAGUUAGUUAAGUCUGGCUUUGCAGGGGAAUGGUUUUUCCAGAAGUGUGAAGGGAAGACAGAUAAUACAAGGACUAAUCGUUGAGGGUAGUCUACAGAACCCCCUUCAUCCCAGCCUGCCUCUGCAGGUUUUACCAGUGCGGGUGGCCACUAGCCCAGAGGCUUCGUGAGACAUGACUGUCUGUUGUCUUUGGGAUGCAAAGGAGACUUCCAUGUGUAAUUUGGGCCUCUUACCAAUAAAAUGAAGAGGCACACAUCCCCGUGACUUGUUCUCCCCUCUCAGCCCAUCUCCCAGCUAGCAUAAGGGAAUUCAUCCCGGGAGAAGGGGCAGCAGCAGACAGGAGGAAUCGUGGGUCCAGGAUGGUUGACAUGGAGGGAGGCAGCAUAUUCUCCAUAGACUAGAGAAGAAAGUGACUUGGCACUUGCUGCAUCUUUUUCUUAAAGAACCUUGAGAUAUCCACUAACUAAAAAGAAGAAUUGUCCUCUUAGGGGAACAGACUACACAGGAAGGAGGAAUCUGGAGGGUCCAGGGCCAGUCCUCCAUCACGCAGCGCCUCAUUGUAACAACUUCUGUGACUAUUUUAAAAUUCACUUUAUAUAAAUGAGGUUGAGCAUCUUUUCCUUUCUUUAAUCAAUUUUGUGUAUUAUUUACUGAUUUUUACUCAUAUGCUAACUCCAGUCGAUCCAAAAAUAACAUCUAUUAAAAGCAGUUUACGAAGACUAUGACUUUAUUCUGUGAGCUUUGGAAAAUAAGACCCAGAAUCUUUCCUAUGUCAUAGCCAAAACGGAGAAAGGCAAAAAUGUUCACUUCUUUAAAAUCACUUAAAUAUCUGCUUUCCAAAAGCCGUCUGAGUGCCAGUCCACAUCGUGGGCUUUGAACUGCUGACCAGUGUGCUCUCACUUACGAUGACCAGAUACUGCUCUCACACUCCCCAGGUAGCUGGAUUGCUGCUUGGAUCUUUGGAGCUCUUCAGCUCUGUUUCGUGCAAAUCCUUCAAGGAUGUCUAAGCCUAUAUAAAUAAACAAACAAGCAAAACUAACAGAAGAAAUCACAAUGAAAAAAUAUAUGUGGGUUUGACCUUACUAAAAUCUCUAUUUUAAAAUGUACAUACAGUAUUCAUAUAUGGGAAGUUUAGAGAAAAAUCAAUAGCAAACACUGUAAAAAAUACUGUUCUUAAGCAUUUGUUGACAUCCUGUUGAUUUAAAAAAUGCUGAAGCUCCAACAAGUCAGUGCUGGUGAGAAUGUGAUCCGACACAAGAUUUCAGAAGGACAGAUUUGAUAACAUGAAUCGAAUGUUGUGAAAAUGGCAUACCUUUGACCCAGAAAUUCUGUUUCUGAUCAUUUGUUUUAGGAAAGUAACACUCUAAGUGAAUAAAAAUAAAUGAGAAAAAAAUACAAUAAAAGGUCUUAGAAACAGUAUCAAUUAUAAUCAAGAAAAUCUGUUAACAAAGGAAGCAUUCAAUAACGUGACAUAGUGAAAUUGCAUCAAAUUAGAUAAAAUAUUAUUAAAACCUGUAAUUUAAAAUUUCAGUAUAAAACCAGGAUAUAAAUUAUAUAUACAGAAUAGUCUUAUUUAUGAAAUAGUGUGUAUAGGAAGAAAGAGUUUUUAUCUUAAUAGCAGGAUAGGAAUAGUGUUUCUUUUGAUUACUGUGUAUAGCCUGUGCCUGUUUUCUUGCUGGGCUAUGGUCUUCUUUUUAGAUUUUCUUUGUUGAGCUCUUUAUGUAGUGGUGCAAAUGCCGUUGAUCAUAAUGUAAAUUAAAAAUAUGUUAUCUCAAAAAUAAUACAUAAGGUAUUUUUAAAAGAAUAAGAUUGGUAAGGUAGGCAGAUUUAGAUCAUGAAGAAGCUUGCUUACUGAGCUUAUUUAUUUAGACUUCUUUUAUGAAUGCGGCAAGGUCAGUCCAAUGAACUUUAGGAGAACUUCCCUGGAAACCGCAUAUUGGAUGGAGGGAAAGUUGACGAACAUCCAUGAGGGCUGAGGGCGCAGGAUGUUAAAGUCAUCUAGGAAGAGGUAUCUGGAAAGGAUAGUGAUUGUUAAGUGUGAGGGUGAUUGGAGAGGAAGGGUGUGGGUUAGGAAACCCUGAAGGUCGCUCCCUCUCAGUACCGAGGGCUGGGAAGCCUCAGCAGUUGUUGAAAGUCAUUUGGUAAACAUGGCCUUUACCAAAGUCGGUCAUCUGUCUUCCUUUAGGAAUCAGCCUACCACAAAAGCUGGGUAAACAAAACUUGGUGGUCACGAGCUUUGAUUUCCCAGAAGACGUGACAAGCCCUCUCUCCCUUGCUGGUAUAGUUAUAUGCAGAAAUGUAUGUGUUAUGAGGCAUGAAAAGUCUUUUAUUCAUUUUUAUUAUUUCAUUUUUUAGUUUAAUUUACUGUAUAGGUUAGUAAAUCAGCAAGCUAUCUUCAAGCAUGCUUUAAAGUUUGUCACUCUGGAAGGUGUACUGUGGCCUCUAAAAACCUUUGCUGUGGGGGUUCUUGUUAGCUCCAGUCACAGGAAAUAUUCCUCCUGGACUUGUAUUUUCACUGUAAUCUGAAGUCAUAAGGUUUCUCUUGCCUGGGGAUAUAUGAUAUUUUGCUUAUGGACUGCAGAGAAAAUUGAAUUUCUCAAUGCCGGAAUCUGUUAUGGAUAUAGUGCUGAUUUUUAAAAAAAGUGUUUUCCCUGGGGCCAGGAUAUGGGACUUUCUAGAAGUUUCCAAAUUAUAGAGGUUAAGAUAUGAAUUGCAUUUACAACUGAACCUGGCAAACCAAGGAAGUAAUAAUAUUAUUUCUAUAAAAUCAAAUAGAUCUGUCUGUCUGUAUUUCAAGGAAACUUUAAAAAUCAUUUUCUGUUUACUAAGAUUUAUUACUGAUUAAGCAAUAAAUGACAUCAUAUAAAACAUAGAAACUGUUGAAGAGGACACUUCAUUUGCUCUCACCUAAGUGAGAAAUGCAAAUGAAAACCUUGGCCUUCUCACCGAACAAAACAAUCUUGCAAGUCUAACACAGACUUUUGGAGUCCACAUAAACUGUUAGGAACAUAUAACAGUAACUUUCCUUUUAAGAAAGAUUGAUUUAUGUAUUUCAAAAUCAGAGUUAGAAAGAGAGAGAAAGAGAUCUUGCAUCUGUUGGUUCCCUCCCCAAAUGGCCACAACAUCCAUGUCUUGGCCAGGCCAAAGCCAAGAGACAGGAACUCCAUCCAGGUCUUCCAAGUGGGUGGCAGGAGCCAAGUACUUAAGGCAUUUUCCAUUGCUUUCCCAGGCCCAUUAGCAGGGAGCUGGAUCAGAAGUAGAGCAGCCGGGACUCAAACUAGCGGCUGUAUGGGAUGCCAGAGUCACAGGUGAUAGCUUAACCUGCUAUGCCACAAAGCAUGUCCCAAACGAUAGCUUUCAAAGAAUGCAAACAAACUCAGAAUAUAAAAGAAAACUUAGCUUUACAAAUGCCAACUAGACAAUGCUUGUAGACCUCUGCCUUUAAUCUCCACCUUACUACAGUAAUGAAAUGGGUAGUAUGUGCCAAGCACUGCGUGUGGUGCUGGGGCGACAGCACAGAUAGACCGGGUGCAGAUUUCUCUCAAGGAGGAGAUGGUGUUGCAGAAACAAUCAGUAAGCAAUAGCAACAGAACAUGAUAGUGAUGGAUGCCAUGUGGCAUCAUAGUUCGAGGUGUGUUUGGAAUAAUUAGAUUGAAUACUAGAGGAAAGCACAAAUAUCAAAGAAAAAAGUACCUUUUAUUCAUAAGCCAUGGAUGGACACACAAAUAAGGACUGCAAAUGAGGAAAUUUGUUUGACAGAGUUCGAAAAUUAACCUUCAAAAUUGGGAAUUCAGUGCAAGUUGACAGAAAAAAAAAAGUAGAUAUUGUACACUAGCUUAAUAUCUGCACAUUGCAGAUACUUAAAAAUCAUCAAGUAGAUGAAGUGGGAAAAGGAUAUUUUCCAUGAAGAAAAUAAAAUAUUAGUUUGUAUUCUGGAGCCAGUGCUGUGGCAUAUCAGGUAAAGCUGCCACCUGCAGCACCAGCUUCCCAAAUGGGUGCAGAUUCGAGUCCUGGCUGCUCCACUUCUGAUCCAGCUCUCUGCUAAUGCAUCUGGGAGAGCAGCAGAAGAUGGCCCAAGUGCUUGGGCCCCUGCACCCAUGUGGGAGACCAGGAGGAAGCUCCUGGAUUCUGUAUUCAUAUUGGCCCAGAUCUAGCUGUUACAACCAUUUGGGGAGUGAACAAGCAGAUGGAAGAUCUCUGUCUGUCUCUCCCUGUCUCUAACUCUGCCCUUCAAAUGAAUAAAAUAAAUCUAAACAAAACAAAAGAAAAAACGGUGGUUCUCACUUAGUGGACUCUUUCUCUUUUGAGUAAGUGGUACUACUGUCUAUACGGUAAUGAAAGCCGAAAUCUGAAAGUUGUCUGCAACCUCUCCCAUCCCUAGUCCUACAUCCAGUUGAUCUGCUGAUCCUAGGCUUUCUGCUUCCAGAAUGUCUCUUAGGUUUAACUAAUCAUUUGUUUUCCACUUCUACUGCCAUUACUUGGUCUAAGCCACUAUCAUCUCUUACCUGGAACACUGCUCCCUUUUUGUCUUUACACUUGCGCUUCUCUGACCUCAGAUGCAUUCCUCACAUGUGAACCUCUGAAAACACAUUUCACUGUAUAUCUGUACCUCUCCCCUCUCUUUUGACUUCCUAGUCCUUUCCUAGAAUAUUCCAUUGCUGUCUCUUUGUACCUAAAAUCUAAACAUGUUCCAUAGAUUAUGUUUUCUGGAUGACCUUGCCCCUCUGCCAUCUUGAAUCUAAUUGUGCUAUUUAUUAAUGGGUUUGAAAAACAUUUGUAUUGAUCACCGUCUUGGUGCCAAGAAGUGAAAUAGGCGAUACAGAAAGAGUGUUGAACCAGAGACAAGAGAUCACUUACAUAUAUGUGGUAUGAGACAUACAGUAAUUAGGGAGAAAAUAGUACAAAUAAUUCUGUGUGUCAAGCAAAGAAGUAAAGUCUUGGGAUAUGGGUAUGCAUUCUUGAGUGGCCACUUCAGAAUUGGUCGUGAAAGGAGUAUCUGAUGAUGUGUAGGCUGAAUCGUGAAGGACAAGGAGAUGGUCUUGGAAGUGUUGGGCUGAAGAGUGUUCUAGGCAGAGAACAGCCAGUACAACAUUUCUAAACUGAAACCAACAGAGCAACAGAAAGCAAGCUACUGCUGCAGGAACAUUGCCGGCAUGGGGAGAGUGGCUGGUACACAGUAGGUCGGAGAUGUGGGCAGGGCUAGGUUUUGUCAGACCUUGUAGGUCAUGGUGAGAAAGUUGGAUAUUUUUCUUAGUUGUAAGCUAUUAAAGGGUUUUUUGCCAAAGAGUAAGUAGCAUAAUUAAUUAAUUUUAUGGAAGGAUCCAGUGGUGACUAUAUGGAACAGGAAUCGGGCAGUGCUGCCAUGCAAGGAUGCACAUGUUUCUUUCUUCCCUCCCUACGCAGAGGGAUGUAGCAGUAGUGAUUAAGAGGGUCCUCUAGGAAAGAAGUGAUGAUGGCGAUGGCUAUUAGGGUGGCAAAGAUGAAGCUGAUGUUAGGCCUAGGAAACAGAGAUUUGCUGAUGGAAUAGUCAGCGAAGGGGAAGAGGUAAAGAACGAGAGGUAGUGAGGUGGGUCAGAGGAGCCAGGAAUGAUUUCUGUGAUUUUGGCUUAAUAACUGGGUGACAGGAAGACUAAGACUUGGGCAGUGUCAAGGAACAGGAACAGGGCUAGGGCAGAAGAUUAAGAGUUUGGUUUGAUCCUGGGGCCGGAUUGUGGUGCAACAGGUUAAGCUUCCACGUAGAACACCAGCAGCCCAUAGCAGAGUGCCGGUUCAAUUCCCUGCUGCCCUGCUUGCAAUCCAACUCCCUGCUAAUGCAACUAGGAAGGCAGUAGAGAGUGGCCCAAAUGUGUGGGCCCCUGGGAUCCACUGGGAGACCAGAAAGGAGUUCUGGGCUCCUGGCUUCAGCCUGGCCUAGAUAUGGCUGUUGCAGCCAUUUGGGCAAUCAACCAGCUCUCUCAUGUGAAUAUGUGCUCUCUCUAAUACUUGGCCUUUCAAAAAAAUAAGGCUUUUUUAAAAGAAAGUUCUCUUUAUUCCAAGUUGAAAUUGAGAAGCCAUUUAAGCACCCAAAAUGAUUUAUGAGAAUACAUCAAAGUGUUUCUGGAAAAUGGAAUUAAUAUGCAAGUUUAUUUUGGUGUAAAAAAAUUUUGAAAAUCAUACAUACAAAGAAUCUUCAAAAAAUUCAUGAAAAAUGCUUAUUGUGAAAGAACUAUGCGUGGAUUUCAAAAAUGUUUUGUUUCAAAAUAAACUUACUGGAGCCGACGCUGUGGCGUAACAGGUAAAGCCUCAGCCUGCAGUGCCAACAUCCCAUAUGGGCUCCCAUUCAAGUUCCAGCUACUCCACUUUCAGUCCAGCUCUCUGUAUGGCCUGGGAAGGCAGUAGAAGAUGGCCGAAGUCUCCUAUGCACUCACAUAGGAGACCCACAAAAAGCUCCUGGCUUUGGAUCAGCACUGUUCUGGCUGUUGUGGCCAAUUAGGGAGUGAACCAGCAUUGGAAGACCUCUCGCGCACGCUCUCUCUCUCUCUCUCUCUCCUUCUCUCUUUCUCUGCCUCUCCUUCUCUCUGUGUUACUCUGACUUUCAAAUAAAUAAAUCUUUUAAAAAAAAAAGAUAAACUUACCUAGAUGCAGAGAAAGCAUUUGAUAAAAUUCAACACCAUUUCAUGAUGAAAACUUAGCAAAUUGGAUAUAGAAGGAGCGUUCCUCAACACAAUCAAGGAAUUUAUGACAGACCUAUGGCCAGCAUACUAUUGAAUGGGGAAAAGUUGAAAACAUUUCCAUGGAGAUAUGGAACCAGAAAGGGAUGCCCAUUCUCACUACUGUUAUUCAAUAUAGUUCAGGAAAUUUUAGCCAGAGCCAUCAGGCAACAAAAAGAAAUCAAAGGGAUAUAAAUUGGGAAGUUAAACUAUCCCUACUUGCCGAUGAUAUGAUUAUAUACAAGGGAUCCAAAGGAUUCCAGUAAAAUACUAUUGGAACUCAUAGAAGAGUUUGGUAGAGUGGCAGGAUAUAAAAUCAACACACAGAAAUUAAUAGCCUUUGUGUACACAGACAAUGCCAUGGCUGAAAAAUAACUUCUAAGAUUGUUCCCAUUCACAAUAGCUACCAAAAAAAAAUCAAAUACCUUGGAAUAAAUUUAACCAAGGAUGUCAAAAAUCCUAUGAUAAGAAUUAUAAAACAUUAAAGAAAGAAAUAGGAGAAGACACACACACACACAGAAAUAAAGGAAAAAUUGUCCAUGUUCGUGGAUUGGAAAAAUCAUUAUCAUCAAAAUGUCCAUACUACUGAAAGGAAUUUACAGAUUCAAUGCAAUACUAAUCAAAAUAUGAAAGAUGUUCUUCUCAGAUCAAGAAAAAAUGAUGCAGAAAUUCAUAUGGAAACACAGGAGAUCUCGAAUAGCUAACUCAAUCUUAUACAACAGAAACAAAGCCAGAGGCAUCACAAUACCAGAUUGAAGACAUAUUAAAUGACAGUUGUAAUCAAAACAGCCUGGUACUGGUACAGAAACAGAUGGAUAGAUCAGUGGAACAGAAUAGAAACACCAGAAAUCAACCCAAACAUCUACAACCAACUUAUAUUUGACAAAGAAGCUAAAAUCAGUCCCUAUAGCAAGGACAGUUUCAUUAACAAAUGGCUCUGAAAAAACUGGAUUUCCACACGUGGAGUAUGAAGCAAGACCUCUAUCUUACACCUUACACAAAAAUCCAUUCAAAAUGGAUUAAAGAUCUAAAUUUACGAUCCGAUACCACCAAAUUGUUAGUGAACAUUGGGGAAACCCUUCAAGACCCUGGGAUAGGCAAAAAGGUCUUUGAAAUGACCCUAGAGGCACAGGCAAUCAAAGCCAAAACUGACAAAUGGAAUUACAUCAAAUUGAGAAGCUUCUGUACUACAAACCAACACUCAGCAAAGCGAAGAGGCAACCAACAGAAUAGGAGAAAUUAUUUGCUAACUAUGCAACUAGUAAAGGAUUAAUAACCAAUAUAUAUAAAAGAGAUCAAGAAACUCUGCAACACCAAAACAAGCAACCCAGUUAAGAAAUGGGCAAAGGGCUUAAACAGGCAUUUUUCAAAAGAGGAAACCCAAAUGGCCAAAAGACACAUGAGAAAAUGCUGAGGAUCCUUAACUGUAAAGGAAAUGCAAACCAAAACCACAGUGAGGUUUCAGCUCAUCCCAGUUAGAAUGGCUUUCAUCCAGAAAUCAACAAACAAUAAAUGUUGGUGAGGAUGUGGGAAAAAAGGUAACCCUAGUCCACUGUUGGUGGAAUGUAAACUGGUACAGCCAUUAUGGAAGACAGUAUGGAGAUACCUCAGAAAUCUGAAUAUAGACCUACCAUUUGACCCAGCCGUCCCACUCUGGGGAAUUUACCCAAGGGAAAUGAAAUCAGCUUAAGAAAGAGUUAUCUGUACCCCCAUGUUUAUUGCAGCUCAGUUCACAAUAACUAAGAUAUGGAAUCAACCCAAAUGCCUGUCAACUGAAGACUGAGUAAAGAAAUUAUGGGAUAUGUACAUCAUGGAUUUCUAUACAGCAGUUAAAAAAAUGAAAUCCUAUCACUUGCAGCAAAAUGGAUGAAACUGGAAAACAUCAUACUUAGUGAAAUAAGCCAGUCCCAAAGGACAAAUACCAUAUGUUCUCUGAUCUAUGAUAACUAAUAGAGCACCUAAAAGGUAAUAUAUGGAAGUGAAAUUAACACUUCGAAAUGCAAUUACUUUGAAUAGCCCUUGUAUUGACUGUAGAUGAACAGGUUUUUUUAGUACUAUUUGUUGAACUCCUUACUUAGUAUAGAGUUAAUCAUUUGUGUUAUAAACUUAAUUGAAAAUAUAUCUUAAUUAAAAAAAUAAGAAUGAGAAUAGGAGUGGGAAGAAGAAGGGUGGUAGUGUGGGUGGGAGGGCAGGCCGGGUGGGAAGAUUCACUGUGUUCUUAAAGUUGUAUUUAUGAAAUGCAUGAAGUUUGUAUUCCCUAAAUAAAAGGUUUCUAGGGAAAAAAAUAACUUUGUUAUAGUACAAAUAAAAUAGAGACUAAUCAAAUACAAAAAAAAAAAAAAAACCUUAACCUUUAACUCCAUUUUCCACGAACUUUUUGAAGACCUCUAAAUAUGCUUAUAUCUCAAAAUUGUCUUGCAUCCAAGUAAACUUACCUUUAAAUUCCAUUUUUUUUUUCAUGAAUUCUUUCAAGUUCCCUUAUAUGUCAGGAGGACAGAUAACUGUUACAUAGAUACCCCUUGGUUUGGAGAUGGAGUAAGACGGAAACUUAGGGACCAUAGUUAUGUGCAGUCAGUUUUAAUUAUUUGUAGUAGUCAUGUUCCAUAAAGUAGCUGAAUUAACGAAUAGUGAGUCAUUGUCCUGGGGAAGUUAACUCACGCAGGGUCAAGUUCCUGGAGGCUCUGGUUGCCCUUACAUCAAGUCAUCAACACAUAGCCUGGUUGUAUAUGUUAUUUGUGCCUAAAGGACACCGUAUCUGGUGAUAUAUUGUUGACUCAUUAACAUUGAACUCAUGAACAACAGCAAUAUAGCACAUGCCUCAAUGAAGCUAAAGUAACAAAUGCAUUUUUGCUGUUGGACACAUCACAGAUGGCUCUUUUACAUCCUAGACAACACUCAGAAAUGCCCUUGAGAACCAUUUUAUUUUUUUAAGAAAGCUUUUAUUUAAUAAAUGAAAGCAAAUUUCAUAGGUACAGCUUUAGGAAUAUAGUGGUUCUUGUCCCCCACUUUGUACCCACCCUCCUACCCCCACUCCCAUCCCACCUCCUACUCCCAUCCCAUUCUUCAUUAAGAUUCGUUUGUUUUGUUUUGUUUUGUUUUGACAGGCAGAGUGGACAGUGAGAGAGAGAGAGACAGAGAAAAAGGUCUUCCUUUUGCCGUUGGUUCACCCUCCAAUGGCCGCCGCGGCUGGCGCGCUGCAGCCGGCGCACCACGCUGAUCCAAAGGCAGGAGCCAGGUGCUUCUCUUGGUCUCCAUGGGGUGCAGGACCUAAGCACUUGGGCCAUCCUCCACUGCACUCCCUGGCCACAGCAGAGAGCUGGCCUGGAAGGGGGGCAACUGGGACAGAAUCCGGCGCCCCGACUGGGACUAGAACCCAGUGUGCCGGCGCCGCUAGGUGGAAGAUUAGCCUAUUGAGCCACGGCGCCGGCAAAGGAUUCGUUUUUAAUUAACUUUAUAUACAGAAGACCAGCUCUAUGCUAAGUAAAAAUUUCAGUGUGUGUGGGGGUGCCAAUUGUUGAGGGCCAUGUUAAACAGCAGUAUCCCCAACAAAAAGCACAAACACACGAGAAACGUGGCACCCCAUAUAUCACAAAAGGCUUGUUGGUUUGCAGUGUGAAUCUGAGAACAGAGGCAAAGGCUUGUUCAACCCUGGCUGCGAAUGUGAGCCUUGGGAACUGAAGGUUUUCACUGCUGUGAACAUGCAUGUCUUCAGUUGACAGGGAAAGUCUUGAGAAUGGAUUUGGGAGUUGCAAAUAAAGUCUAGCAAGUAGGUAAAUACAGACUCCAUGAAUACUGCAGAUCAUUGUAGCGGCAAAUGAUUACUCAGAUUUUGAAUAGAGGACGCUCAAAAUUAAGCCCUAUGACAUUCCAAGAUUUGGGGAUCCAGUAGGACAGUUAGAGGCCAAGCUCUGAGAAAGAGAACGGAAGGCAGGAGGAAGCAAAGUGGCUGACUGAGUAGGAGCUAGCAGUGCACUGCCAGAGGAAGGCGUGGUCACCUCUCCUGUGCUACUGAGAACCUGGGUAGAAGAGGGCCGGGCAGCUGCAGGGAAACCUGACAGAUGACCAGCUGCGGUACAACGAGGUGGGAGUUAGAACAUGCAGAGUGUGGGGGCCUUUCAGGACAAUGAGAAGACGAAUGGAAACACAGCCAGAGAGGGCCCAGGCUUCAGGGAGACUUCCGUGUGCUUGUUGCAUGCAGGAGGAGAGAAAUGUCUUCUCCCGCUUCUGGCAAUGAACAAGCCAAGUUAAAACUGUGGUCUUCACCACGUGCCUCAGAAUUGCUUGGCCCUAGAGUUUCUCUCACAUAAGAUGGCAGGGACCUGACCAGAUAAGAUUACCUGAUUGACUUUACAGGUAAGAAAACAGCCCACAACCCUGGUCCAGGCAUGCAUUCUAUAAUCUGGCUGCCCGUGGCUGUGUUUUUGCUUCACGGCUCACUGCCUGGCAGGUGUUAGGCCAGCCACUUAAUGUUUUUAUACUUAGGUUGCCUUAAUCAACACAAAAGAUAAUGAUAUUACCUACAGAGAUUUGUGGAAGUUAUGAGAGAAGGCAUAUAAAACCCUUAUCCCAGUGCCUAGCACACAAUUAGCACUCAGUACAUGUUCACUGUUACCAUUAUUGUCACCACUUCGUGUGUCGGAUUGUUAGUUCUUCGUCCCAUGUUUGUAAAACACAGGUUUUUCAGCUCUCUGCACAUGCCCCACCAACGUGUAGGGUGGAGAAAUGUCUUUAGUGAGAAUUUCUUUUGUGAACCAGUAGAAAAUCCCUUGUUUAAAGUAGGGUUCUCCAGAGGAGAAGGUUUUCCUCAUAUAAAAUUUAUUCAGCAACUAUUUGAAGGCCUAAUAUUUGCCACACCCUGUUUAUAACGGAUACGAUAGUGAACAAACAAGUCUCUGUUUUCACGGAGCUGAGAUCUCGGUAGAUUCACUGCUGCUUUCUUUGUGUUUGUACUUCCCUGGUGCCUAUUUAAUUCUUAUACCGUCCAAAUCUUUUGUCUGGAUGUGUGUCUCACAUGUAGCUUGCAGUUGGGUUUGCUGCAUUCUGGGGGAAAAAAAAAAAAAGAGCUUUACCUUAAUAAAGAUUCACUUUUUUUUUUUUUAUUUAAUGAGCAUAAAUUUCCAAAGUACAGCUUAUGGAUUACAAUAGCUUCCUCCCCCCCGUAUCUUCCCUCCCACCCACAACGCUCCCCUCUCCCACUCCCUCUCCCCUUCCCUUCACAUCAAGAUUAAUUUUCAAUUAUCUUUAUAUACAGAAGAUCAAUUUAGUGUAUAUUAAGUAAAGAUUUCCACAUUUUGCUCCCACACAGAAACACAAAGUGUAAAAUACUAUUUGAGUACUAGUUAUGGCAUUAAUUAAACACCUAAGAGUAAUUGUGUAUUAAUUACAGAGUUCAACCAAUAGUUUUAAGUAGAAUAUAAAAUGCAACUUUUGUAUUGUUGAGAUUCACUUUUAUUUUAAAAAAUUAUAAAUAGGAAAUUUUUUAAAAUCUUGAAGUCACAGAUUUCACUUGUUUUCAAAGUCUUGAAACAUAUGUCUUUGACGGUUUAGAAAAGCAUGUUUUUAAGAAAAUAAACAAAAGAUGAAAGAAUUAGGAUUUUUUUUUUGAAAGAGACAAAUGGAAGAGGAAGGAGGGGAGGGAAUAAGAAGGAAAGGGGGGAGGGAGUGGAGGGAGGGAGGGGGCUCGCAGUAGGAAAACACACAGAGGUGAAAAGUCCAUUUUUCUUGCUGUCUGGGUUCCUGUGAAAUCUGCCAAAGGCUCCUUGGAGGUAGCAAUUUGUUCAUUUUUUUUAACUUAGCUGUCAUUCUUCACAGAUCAUCUUCUUUCUUGAAUGUUAAGUUUUGGUAGUCCGUGAUGUUUGAUAACGUGCUACCAGAGCUGUUCCAUGUAAAGGAACCUCAGGACGCAGGCCCAGGGUUAGCACAGACCAGCCCGCCUGCUGCUCAUGCUUCCCAGGGAGCUGGAGGUAAGACCUGCAGGUCGAAAGGGAAUUUCUGCACAACACACGAGCUUCUCAAACAGGCGUUCACAACCGAAUAGAGGGGAGCGGAAGGGGUCCGGCCCAAAGAAUACCCAAAGUAUUCCUGCAGUAUCUUUCAGUGACCCUGCUCUACUUUAUCUUCAGUAACCCAACCAAAAUUUUGUUUUGGUUAAAAUCACCUGAAAUUUUGAAAACUUUUGAAAAAAAAAUUUUAGGGGCCGGCGCCGUGGCUCACUUGGCUAAUCCUCCACCUGUGGCGCCGGCAUCCCAUAUGGGCACUGGGUUCUAGUCCUGGCUGCUCCUCUUCCAGUCUAGCUCUCUGCUGUGGCCCAGAAGUGCAGUGGAGGAUGGCCCAAGUGCUUGGGCCCUGCACCUGCGUGGGAGACUGGGAGGAAGCACCUGGCUCCUGGCUUUGGAUCGGUGCAGCGCCAGCCAUAGCAGCCAUUUAGGGGGUGAACCAAUGGAAAGAAGACCUUUCUCUCUGUCUCUCUCUCACUGUCUAACUCUGCCUGUCAAAUAAGUAAAAAAAAAAAAAAAAAAAAAAAAAAAAUUAGAAGAUUUGUUUAUUUGAAAGGCAAAGUGACAGAUAGGGGACAGAGGUCUUUCAUCCACUGGUUCACUCCCCAAAUGGCCACAUUGGCCAGGGCUAGUCCAGGCCGAAACUAGGAGCACAGAAUUCCAUGCAGGUCUCUCAUGUGGGUAGCAAGAUCCCAGUUACUUGAGCUGUGUUUCACCUUCUUCCCAGGCACAGCAGGAUGAAACUGUUUAGCAAAGUGGAGCCCUGGGGCUGGUGCUGCAGCAUGAAUGUUCAGUCUCUGCCUGCAAUGCUCAUGUCCCAUAGGCACCAGAUCCAGUUCUGGUUGUUCCUCUUCUCAUCCAGCUCCCUGCCAAGGUGCCUGAGAAAGCAGCAGAAGACGGCCCCCAGCUGCUUGGGCACCUGCACCCACAUGGGAGACCUGGAAGAAGCUCCUCGCUUUGAUCUGGCCCACUCCUGGCUGUUGUAACAUUUAGGGAAGUGAACCAGUAGACAGAAGACUGACUCUCUCUCUCUCUCUCUCUCUCUCCCCGCUUCUUUCUCUAUAUCUCUGCCUUUCAAAUAAUUAAAUAAAUGUAAAAAAAAAAAAAAAAGUGGAGCAGCCAGGGCUUGAACCUACACUCACUACCCAAUGGGAUGCCAGUGACAUCGUGAACAGCACCUUAACCCACUUUGCCACAACGCUGACCCUGAAAACGCCUGUUUCUUUUGACAUAUAUUAUUUUAACAUGUUUUCUUUUUUUACUGUCUUGCAUUUUCCUUUAAACUUUAAAAUGAUUGUGAUCAUAUUUUACAUUUCAAAUUAUUUACAAUGAUAGGGCAUCCAACUCAGUAACUCACUCAUUCUGAAUUUUAGAGAUAUCAUAGAUCAGUGUAAACUCUGAAUCUUAUAUUUAUUACUUAUUGUGCUGCCAUUUGGACUGUUAGCAAUAAAGGGAACAAUAAUAUCAAUCUAAAAUAGCAUACCAUAGUUAUCACUUGUACUAUUUUCUUUUUCUCUUGAAUCAGAUAAUUAUGGUCAUAGUAUUGGAGUGGAAUUCCUCUAUUAACUAAUCCCAAAUAAAUGUUAAAUGUUCCUGUAACUUUUUCAUGAAUAUGUGUGGGACAAAGUCUGCUGUAUAUGAAAGCCUAUUUGAUGCAGUAAUGUCCACUCUUCGGCCUCAGUUCAGCUUUCCGUAUCUGACCAGAUGCACAGUCUACAGCAGGGUCAUGCAUGUGGAGUACAGUCAUGUUGUAAGUAACAGCGACUUAGGAAUAGUCAUGAACUCUGCACCAGCCUCUCCUGCCGUAAAAAGGUGGAAGGAGAAGACAAGGAGCAGUUUGGCGCUCGAUGUUCUGCUCAGACACGCACCCUGGAUUCAGUCUAAAGGGAAAACGUAUCUCCAUUCCCCCAUCUCUCAGAGUGCCAAGCAUCCUUCCAUGAUCAGAGCAGCACAGGUGACAGUAACUCUUUCCAUUCAUUGUGGCCCCUACAUAUCAGGUACCCGUGUGUGGUUUCCCGCUGUUGAUGGGAAACGGGUCUCCCUGUCCCUGAAAUGCGCCAAAAACCCACUGAUCCAGUUGAGCUGAUGCGGUUGAAGUUUCUGGGUCUUCCCAGAGAGUGUAUUUUCCUGAACAAUCUGAUUUUCACAUUAAUUCCUACACUUAAUUGGAAGCCAACCACUAAACAAACUAUAGCUCCAUAUAAUUUGAAAAGCAUUUUAUCUUCUAAGUGUUUGUUCGGCAAGCUUAAUGAGCCCAAGUGUAUCAAGGUUCUUUGAAUUGAAUAUGGAUUUCACAUGUCAGUCUGUUGAUGGGAGUUACUGGCCGUUGAACGCCCAUAAUUUAAUAUAGUCUCAGAUACAGUGCAGUCUCCAGGGAGAUCCGUGGGAUCCCACACUUCUGUGGGUUGGGGGGUGUCCUCUUGCCAUUACACCUAAUUUUUGUUGUGGUCGCUGCAGGUGCUCCUUAGGACACCCCACUGUACCACCUUCUAAGGGUGUGUGGCAAGCAAGGUUUACACCCUGAUUCUGACAGCCAGUUGUGUGAAGUGGGCCAACCUACUUAAUCACGGCAAGCCUCAGUAUUCUAGUUUCUAAAGUGGAAAUAGCAAUACUCACCUCAUUUAAACAAGGAGCUGAUAAAUCUAGCCUGGCAGGUUGCCACUGUAGAGCUCACUCCUCUUCCCUUUAUCAUCCCCUUGCAGGGUCCAGCUAUCUAGAUUGGAGUGCAAAUUGUCCUUCAAGUCAGGCGAAGGACUUGCAGUGAGAGAGUACUACACAAGCAUUCACUUUUUAAUUUUACUGUUUAAGAAUUCCUGGUCUAAUAAUCUUUAUCAUCUGAAAUUCCACAGUAAUUGUAAAGUGCCCGUAGGUAAAUACAGAAGGGUUCCAUUCUGAGAUCUGCCAUGUACCUGGGAUGCAUUCAGUCGUAAAUAUCUUUGCACAAAGUGUUUGUGGAGUCUGCAGUAUGAGCCAGGCCCUGACCUAGGCACCGAGGUGAUGGUGGUGAGAAAAACAGGAAACAUCCUGCAAAGACUGGAAGACAAGUGAAGCAAGGGUCCUGGAAUGAGCAGAGCUGGCGUACACAAGGGGCAGAGAAUGGCCCUGCAGUGGGAAAGCGGAGUGGGACGUGGUGCAAGUAGGUGGUGGCCACGGCUGGUCCUGACAGCUCGUUCAAGGGCCCUGAGGACCAGCAGUCCUUAGAUCUUAGGCGAAGCAGAGUGGAUUUUAAGAAGAGGAGUGACAGGGUGUGGUUUUGUUUUCAGAAGACUGCAGGGAUCAUUAUGUGGAAAAUGGAUUUAGGAGUGGGAAAUAGAGAUCAGCCAGCUCCUCAGGCUAGACCAGGUGGAAGUCCGUGGAACCCUCGGCUCUUUGAGGGCAAACCGUGAGGAGUCCCCAGAUCCCUCGGGCUGGGCUGCUGCUUCGACGUAGGCGAGUAAGGGGGAGACAGCAAUCAGGAUUACUGUGCUUCAGCACGAGAGGUUGGGUGAACCGUGCAGUUCUCAGAGAUGGGGAGGGCCGAGCAGACGCAGUCUCGUCAGGCAGGAAAGUGAAGCACGCUGUUUCGGCUGCUUCAGCUUAAAACACUUCCCCGACAUCAAAGCAGAAUCGCCAGGACAGAUGAAACUGGAGUUGCUGGAGAAGUGCAAUCUGGAGACCAAGCUUGCAGCAUCGUGGGCACGUGAGACGCGUGACCAGGACCUCAGAGUGAGAGCAGGUGCCGGGCUGGGGCGUUUCUCUCCAGCAGCGAGCGGAGCCGUACUCGUCAGGUGUCAUGGCAGGAUCCAGGCUUCAUUCUGUAAUAGAUUACAACAGAAAUCCAGCCAAAUUUUAAAUAUCUGUUUUGUGGAUUCUACCUCUACUUAAUGUGGUUCCUUUCAGAACUGUGAUUUUUAAACUCAUGCAUAGUUUUUCAUAAUAUAUUUUUCCUGGAGUUUUUGAAGAAUUCUCAUAUGUAUACGUUUCAAAAAAAAUAACUACACCAAAAUAAACUCACAUUUUCAUUAAAUUUUGCAUAGAUUUUUAUCGUAUUAUCCCAGAACUGGAUUUAAAUACAGUAUUGGGGAGAAGAGAAGGUUCUUAAUGGACAUAAUUGCUUUAUUGAAAUCACACUUUAACUUGAACUGUGCACACUUUAACUUGUAUAAUCAGUGAAUCAAAAGAAUGUGUAGGGGCCUUUUUAAAUCCUAGCUUCAAGGCCUAGUCAGGUAGAGAAAACAAAGAUAUUUGAAACCCUAAUAGAGCAAUUAUUUGAGUAACUGGGACAGUCAUUAGUUCUGUUCACCAAAUCUUUCCAGCUCCCUGCCUUCUGGGCACAUGGUACAUUUGGACUGCACAGCCACAGUUGAAAGAGACCAGGCAGCCAGCACUUGCCAGCAGGUUUUGAUUCAAAGUGACAUGUGCAGCUUCUGAGCCAGAGAGCUUUCCUUCCUUCUGCCAUAGCAACUGGCAGUGCUGGUGGCUAUCUGUCCUCCUAGGAUGAGGACAGCGUGGAGCAGACCCUCCAGGCCACCUGUGAUGGAAAUAGAACACAAAUGAGAACGCAGAGCUUUAUGGUCUCAAGCCACUGAGAUGCUGGGUGUUCGUCACUGCGUAUAACCUAACCUCUUCCAACUAAUAGGACGCCAAGUCUUGGCUAGCUGUGCUGUAUUCUUUCCACGGUCAUAUACUUAAGUGUAUUUAUUUAAUUUUUUAUUUAUUUGAGAGAGAGAGAGAGAGAGAGAGCUCCCAUCCACUAAUUGACUCCCCAAAUGCCGGCAACAACUGGGGCUUGGUUGGGGCAGGAGCCAGGAGCUGGGCUUGCAAUCCAGGUUUCCCACGUGGGUGGCAGGAGCCCAGGUACUUGUGCCAUCACUGUGUCUCCCAAGGUCUGCUUUGGCAGGACACUGAGUCAGGAGCCAGAGCCAAGAGUGGAACCUGGGUUCUCUGAUGUGCGAUGUGGGCAUCUAACCACCGGGCCAAACCGCUUCUUUAAGAAAAAAAAGGGACUUUAAAACAACAUUUGGUUGAAAGAUUAGUACCACUGCCAUGAACUGAAUACUGAUGCCUUUAUAGAACAGACUCAGAAUAAUCAAUAUAGGACAACUAUAAAUUAUUUGAUGAGUUUUCAAAACAAUUUAAAAAUGUCUUGCUUAAUAACAAAUACAGAAGUUUUCAGCUUUCAGUCAAUAGGCAGGAGGAGUAGAUUUUAUUAUGCACAGAGCUGUUUCACAAAUGCUCUUUUAUAUGCUUGUCACUGUCAGACAAAUGCAGUCACACUCCUAUCCAGAAGGUUAAAAGAGAAAACACCCAGAGAUUGGACAUCAUUUCGCCCCACCUGAUGACUCCACUUUCCAUUCAGCUUGCGUGCUGUCUGGCUCAGUUAUUUAUUGAACUAAAAAAAAAUUACACUCCACCAAACUGAAGCUGUGGUCUUCAUUCCCAGGCAGUACUCAGAGAUGAACCACAAUGCAGAUGGUACAGAAACUUAUCAGCUGAAUAAUCUGUAGCCAUGGAAUUGCUGAGGUGGGAAUAGAAUGAGGUAGUACUUUCUGUUUCUUUAGGAAAUGUUGAAUGAUCUCUGUCUUACUCCAUUCGCGCUGCUCUACUGAAAUACCACAGACUGAGUCAUUUUGAAACAGCAGAACCUUACUUCGGAAGGUUCUGGAGAACAUAAAGUUCGAGAUGACAGCAGUGGCAUUUGGCACGCGGUGGGGGCCUUCCUGCUGCACCCUCCAAGGCAUAACCCUGUUCCUCCCACUCUUCCACUAGCCGCGAGCCCAUUCAUAAGGCGGAGCCCUCAUGACCUCACUUGCCAACAAAGCCCCACCCUUUUAAUACCACCCCAACGGGGAAUGAGUCUCAGCAUGGAUUUUGAAGGACAGCCUCAGUUAAGCCAUGACAAUACUUUCUCCAAUAUCUGAUUGUAAACUGGCAUAGAAACUUUGAAGCCUAGUAUGAGGGUCAUUAUCACGGUUAAUGUGUGCACCCACUGUCUACCUUCUCAUGAUUUUUCUCUAUAUAUCUUCCUUUCCUGGAGUUUAUUUUAGUGCAGUAAUUACCCACACUACUCUAACAGUAUCUAUGAAAAAAAAAAAAAAAAAGUCUUUCAA